AUAAUGAAAUGCGACUGCCAACUCUUCUAACACUUUAACCGAUGAUCUCAGUUCAGACUCACACUCACUCCUUCGAUUUCUCGUGUUCUCGUUCUCUCUCUCUCUCUGCGCCAAACAAGAAAUAAUCAUAAUGGCCAAGAAACCGCCACUCGUGCCGACGCAUCUCCUCAUCGGCCUCAUCAUCGCCGCCGUAGCGGGAGGCGGCUCCGGCGAAGGGGAGCUUGACUACAAGAAGCUAUCGGGCAUUAUAAUCCCAGGCUUCGCGUCCACUCAGCUUCGUGCGUGGUCCAUCCUCGACUGCCCUUUCUCUCCCCUCGAUUUCAACCCUCUCGAUUUGGUCUGGCUCGACACCACCAAACUUCUUUCUGCUGUCAAUUGCUGGCUUAAGUGCAUGUUGCUUGAUCCAUACAAUCAGACUGAUCACCCUGAUUGCAAGUCCCGCCCUGAUAGUGGUCUUUCCGGCAUUACAGAACUUGAUCCAGGUUAUAUUACAGGUGGGUUUUCUUGUUUGUCUCCCUCUAUUCCUUGUAAUGCAAUAAUGGCUGUUCCUUAUGAUUGGAGAUUGUCACCAUCAAUGCUUGAAGAGCGAGACCUUUACUUUCAUAAGCUCAAAUUGACAUUUGAAACUGCAUAUAAACUUCGUGGUGGCCCCUCAUUGGUUUUUGCCCAUUCAUUGGGUAAUCAUGUCUUUCGUUAUUUCUUGGAGUGGUUAAAACUAGAAAUUGCACCAAAGCACUAUAUCCAAUGGCUAGAUCAACAUAUUCAUGCCUAUUUUGCUGUUGGAGCUCCCCUUCUUGGUGCAACUGAAACUGUUGAAGCAACACUUUCAGGAUUCACAUUUGGUCUUCCUAUUUCAGAGGGAACAGCUCGAUUGAUGUUCAACUCCUUUUCUUCGUCAUUGUGGAUGAUGCCCUUUUCCAAGUACUGUAGAUCAAAUAGUAACUAUUGGAAGCAUUUUUCUGGGGCAAGGCAUGUAGGUAACCACACGUAUCACUGUGAAGAUAAGGAAUUUCAGUCAAACUUCUCUGGAUGGCCAACAAAUUUAAUCAACAUUGAAAUUCCUUCAACUCGUGGAUUUGAUGCAUACCCUUCAAUCACAGAAAUACCUCAGUCUAAUUUGUCUAGCAUGGAAUGCGGAAUACCUACACAAUUAUCUUUUUCAGCUCGCGAAAUGUCAGAUGGAACCUUUUUCAAGGCAAUUGAAGAUUACGAUCCAGACAGCAAGAGGCUGUCGUACCAGUUAGAAAAAUCAUAUAUCAAUGAUCCUGUUCUUAAUCCUCUGACACCUUGGGACCGGCCACCAAUAAAAAAUGUCUUCUGCAUUUAUGGCACUGAUUCAAAGACUAAGGUUGGUUACUACUUUGCACCUAGUGGCAAGCCUUACCCUGAUAACUGGAUAAUUACGGAUAUCAUUUAUGAGUUUGAAGGUUCUCUAUACUCAAGGUCAGGGAAUCUGAUUGAAGGGAAUCCUGGAGCCACAAGUGGAGAUGAGACGGUACCAUACAACUCCCUUGCAUGGUGCAAGAGCUGGCUUGGACCAAAGGUGAACAUAACAAGAGCGCCUCAGUCUGAGCAUGAUGGUACAGAUGUACAAAUUGAGUUGAAUGUAGAACAUCACCAUGAUGAAGAUGUUGUUGCAAACAUGACAAGAUCACCAAAGGUUAAGUACAUAACAUAUUAUGAAGAUUCUGAGAGUCUUCCAGGAAAGAGGACAGCAGUUUGGGAACUUGAUAAAGCAAAUCACAGGAACAUUGUGAGAUCACCGGUGCUAAUGCGAGAGUUAUGGCUUGAGAUGUGGCAUGAUGUCCAUCCUGAUGCAAAAUCAAAAUUUGUCACAAAAGCUAAGCGAGGACCCUUGAGGGAUGAUGACUGUUACUGGGAUUAUGGCAAAGCUCGCUGUGCCUGGGCAGAAUAUUGUGAAUAUAGGUAUGUCUUUGGUGAUGUUCACCUGGGACAAAGCUGUAGGUUGAAAUCUACUUCAACUAACCAGUUGUUGAAUUAUUUGUAAAUAAGAAGGUACUGGUGGGGCUAACCCCAGGCAAGUCAUCCGCCGCACGACAUGCUACACAUGAAUAUUAGAACAGAUCCUCCAUAACUGAUUUUUGGCCGUGUUUUCCUGCGGCUUGUAGCGCCACUGAAUGCCAGCAAAUUCUUUUUUUCCCGUGUGUGGAACUUUUGACCCAUUCCUCAGCUCAUCUUUCAUCCACAUUCACCAUUUUCACAGUAUAUUUUGGCUCAGAUUACAGAGAUUUGUAAUGUUGUAGUCUAGUAUAUGUAGCUGCGGGAACCUCUUAAGUGGCAUGUUAAUGGCGGCAUCUACCAUCUAAUAUGUGUACCUUCAAAUGCUUAACAAAACAAUGUUUAGGUCAUGGUCUUGUAUUUGUUAAGAUACACGAUUUAUUCUGUUAAUGAUUAAAGUUAGGAGCAAUUUUUUACUGCUGGUUA